UUUUCCAUGAUGUUUCCUCAAUUUGUUGAUCCGCUUGACAAUCUUUUUAGGAAAAGUUGGAAAAAGAGAAGAAAGAAAAAACAUUCUUAGUAAACACACUAUGAGUAGUCCUUGCACUCUAACAUUUAGAAGGAAGAGGGUUGUGGUUUCCAAUAAGGUGCAAGUUCCAUUGAAAAGAAUGUGCAGUGAUGAAAUCACUCUCAAAUUUGAGUGUUCUCCCCUUGAAGCUCUUCCCCUUGAUAUUUUGAUAAAGGUGGUAUGUGGUGUGGAACAUGAAGAUUUGCAUAGACUUUUCCAUGUCUCCAAAACUAUUAGAGAAGCGGCUCUUGUUGCUAAGGACUUGCAUUUUGAGUAUAGUACGCCAAGGAAUAAUACAUUUGCUCUUUACAACCCCUUUGAUUUGGAUGAAAUUGAAGCUCCAAAUAAACAAUUGAAGAAAUGUAAGUCAAGGUUGAGUGGUGGGAACUUAUCAUUGACAUUGUUUCCAUCAAUGGACGAAGGAGAUUAUUGAUGACUUGAUGAGGAUUGUAAAUAUAGAUUAGAUUAUAUUAUAUAU